AUGGCGGAGGACAUCAAGACCAAACUGGAGCGCUACAAGACGGCUCCCUUCGACAGCCGCUUCCCCAACCAGAACCAGACCAAGAACUGUUGGCAGAAUUACCUGGAUUUCCACCGCUGCGAGAAAGCGAUGGCGGCCAAAGGAGCGGACGCCACCCCUUGUCAGUGGUAUUACCGCGUCUACAAGUCUCUCUGUCCCACCUCGUGG